ACAUACGUGUGUCUUCCACAGUACAAAAUAUCUCCGGUGUCAUGCAAAAGUCCUCCGCGUUCGGUUCCACCCUGUUGCAUUCUACCGACGGCGGAUCCGAGCAACCCAGCUCUAGAUUGGCUCGACAGUCCAGCAAAAAUUUUACCACCGCAUGAUCCGACUGUGAUUUCCAGUGGUUUGGCUCAACGUGACCCCAGCCUUGGCCCACUGGUUUGGAAUUUACGUUGGGAAAUUAUUCCUGCUGGAUUUGUGAAUCUGUUCUUGACCAAUCUCGGUAGUCACGCACCGUCUUAUUUGUAUGCACUUGGACGGGAAUUAUUUCAUCAUUUGGAUGUGCAGGCUGCCUGUAUAUGGUAG